AUGCCCCCUAAGGAACCUAUACAAGAGCCUGAAGUAUCACACCCUCAGGAGCUACAAGAGGAGACCAAGGACGAGCAGUUCUCUCAGUUCUUAGAGGUCCUUAAAAAUUCACAAAUUAACAUUCCUUUUGCUGAGAUUCUGGAGAAAAUGCCUCCCUGUGAUGCAUACAUGAAAAGCAUACCCUCUGAGAAGAAGGCCUUAAAGGGAGAUAAAACAAUGGUCCUGACCAAGGAAUCCCUUUGUGAUCUUAGCUCAAGUAUCAAUCUGAUGCCUUUGUUUGUGAUGAAGAAGCUGCAGAUUCAAGAGGCACAGCCUACAAGGAUAGCAUUACAGAUGGCUGGUAAAUCUCUGAGGCGGCUAGUGGAGAAUGUCUUAGUCAAAGUUGGAGAGCUUUUCCUCCCUGCAGAUUUUGUGAUACUUGACAUGGAAGAGGAUGCAAAUGACUCUAUCAUCCUAGGAAGACCAUUCCUAACCACUAGAAGAGCUCUUAUUGAUGUUGAGAGAGGGAAUUAG